AUGCAAGUCGAGGACGUGAAAACAAACGAGAGAAGCCGUACGAGCGAAAUAGUAGAUCUGUCUGUUGAUGAAAUAAAUGACAGCGAACUAUACUCCAGUGCACCUGUGAAAAAGGCUCCAAGGUUUUUCAACUUAGAAGGAGGUGACCUUGUCGUACGCGAAGUGAAAAGAAUGUUGACUUCCGAUUUUCCUCCCUUGUAUGGUAAUAGAGUACACGACAGUACAAUCUCUUUGUUAAAAUAUGAAGACGAUUCAAUUCUUGGCGAGGUGAAACGUCAUGUCAAGUAUGGCGAAGAUUCCAUAGUAGUUAAAGGAGAGUCUUUAAGCCCCGAGCAAUGGGAUGCCUUGCUUACGCCUGACACUUGGCUAUCUUCAGAUCAUAUUAACGCAUAUCUUUCUUUACUUAUGAGCACUCACGAUCAUAUUCAUGCCUUUCCCACGUACUUAUAUACUAAGCUAUCGUUCAAAUAUGACUAUGCGUCUGUACAAAGGUGGACGAAGAAGACAUGUAUAUUCGGCAAGUCAAUUGUGUUUGUUCCAGUCAACGUGACUGAGAAUCAUUGGCUUUUGGUUGUCAUAUGGAUCAAAUCUGAACGACGUGAACGGAUUGAGAUAUGGGAUUCCAUGGGAGGGGAAGAGUAUAAAAGGGAGAUUGGAGAUGUUCUGAAGAAAUAUCUCAUGGAUGAGUAUGCGAGAUACAUGGAAGACUGUGAACGACGCAAGAUCGAAGUUAAGAACGAAAUUGAGAACGAAAUAGAAAAUUGGCCGGUGAUUGUCAAGUUUGAUAUUCAAACUCCGCACGAAAAACAGACAGAUGGUAGUUCUUGCGGGGUUCUUGUCUGUUUAUUCGCAAAGGCAUUGGCGGAAGGCUACAAAGAGAAUGACAUUAUAGAUAUCGCUCUUCAAUCUGAAUCUGCUACAAAAUAUCGAAAGGUGAUAGCAGUUGAGUUAUGGGAGGAUUACAAGCGAAAGACUUUACAAGAACAUGAGAGCAGCAAAGAAGAAGGAGAAGAUACGGUAAUGAUCAGUGAAGGCCAGCUACAAGGUGAAUAG